AUGAAAAGAAAAAUAAAUUUCGCUGUCGUAUUAGAAAAUUUUUCCACAAAUUUGCAUGUUUACUGCAUAAAAAGUGUGUAGAAAUUCUAAAAUCUGUGGAAUUAUGUUCUUAAGACAAUAAAUAUCUAAAUAUCGCUCAUUUCGAAAAAAAUGUUACUCAACCUGGAAAAAUGUGAAAAGAAAAUUUAUUGAAGUAACGCGAACAGAUUUUUUUUGCGAACGAAAUUUUUUUAUGGGAGAAGUGCUGGUUUUGUGUGUGUAAUUGGAGUUUUUUUUUCACACAUUCUGUAUGGUUGAGUGUUAAACCAGAAAAAAGAAAAUUCUUCGUAUGUAAUAGAAGAUAUAGAAAGGAAAACGGAAAAGUUUAAAUUGGUGAAAAGCAAUUGUGAAAACAAAUUUUUCUAACCGGGUUUGUUGCUUUCAACAUGGUGGUCUCAAAAGACUCUAAGCGUAAGCGCAAGGAGUCAUCUCCGCCACCACAGCAACAAUCAUCUACAACUAUAGAGUCAUCACCAGAAAUGCCCAAAAGAACCAAAGUGCAGGCUCAGCGUAAAUUUGCACAGGGACAAAAUGCACCCCAAUCGUCGUAUAAUUCAAUUUUAGCUUCUUCGUCCUCCAAUACGGGCCCAAGCACUUCAUCUGAAAGCCGUGAACCACCCACGGAAAUUCUUCCUAAUAAAAGACCAAAGACCGAAGAUUUUUUAACAUUUCUAUGCUUUCGUGGAACAUCGGCACUGCCGCCACACUUGGACUUCCUAAAUCAAGGGAAAUCUAAAGAGCCGCCAAGACCAGUGAAAAAGCCUCCAAAUAAAAAGUCUAAUAAAAAAGGUAAAAAGGGAAGACCCCCGAAAACUGUUAAAGCAGAUGAAGUCAAGGACACAUCAACAGCUGAAAAAAAUAAUACCACAGAUGCGGAAAAAACAGAGAUUGAGCUAAAAAAUAGUGGGAUCGCGAUUAAUAACUCCGAAGAAAGGGAUAAAAUUGAAGAAAAGAUUGAAGAAAGAGUUGAAACUAAUGAUAUACCAACUUUUGCUGUCCGUAAACGUGCUGAAGUUGUUGCUGAGGGUAACAGAAGGAGCAACAAUAAUGUUGAGUCUGAAAAGUGUAAUAAUUCUGCAGACACGACUUCAAGACGUUCCAAUCGUUCUAGUUUACGGGAGGCUAAAGUAGUACUAGAACAGCUUCCAGAUGACGUGGAAGAAGCUUUACAAAGCUCAAUCGUCGAUGAAACUAGUAAGCCCGAAAAUUCUGAUGAUGAAAAUAAAGAAGCAAAAACUUCAAAGUCCACGUCAAAAAACGAAAGAAGUUCAGAAACUCCUUCCAAGGAUAGUGAUACCGCCGUUAAGCUUCGUAAAGGGAAAACAACAGCCAAUAAUCAGAAAAAAGAAAUAGAAACGAGAGAUAUUGGAAAGGGUAGUUCGAAAGCAGAGCCCAAGGAAAAAGUCGCCAUAAAGAGACCAAGACAAAAGGAAUCGCCAAUUUUUAUUCCAUCUCCUGAACCGUCUGGGCGUAUGACGCGGCAGAGGGCAUUUUUUGAACCCGUGAAGGUGCCACCUAAAGAAAACAACCAGAUUAAUACUGUUAACGACGUUGGGAAUUCUACUGAAUCUCCCCCAAAAGAAAAGACAGAUACAACAAUCGAAGACGAAGCUAAAACGAUAAUUACAAAAAAAGAAGAAAGUUCACAGAAAAAAACUGUGCAAAAUGAAAGGAUACUCGAAGAAAAAAUCGAAAACACAAGCGCUUCGAACGUAGACGGUGCAGAUAAAACCAAAGCAGACAUGAAUGUAUUUGAUUUUUCCUCAGAGGAUGAACAGCCUUUAGCGAAAGCAAUUAAAUUUAAAAAAGUUGGAGCCGGUAAAACUAAUACAAGAAAGGGUCAACGUGGGAAUAAAAAGUCUGCAUCUAAAAGAGCGGCAGCAACAAAGGCGGAGAAAAACGCAGACCGGUGCAAAUCGAGAGAAAAAGAAUCACAAAAAGGUGGUGCAUUACAAGAGGGACUCGUUGAAGUCGAGAGAAAUGAAGAACAAAAGGACGAAUCUGCGAAAUUUAAAGGGAAACGAGGUGCUUCGUUAAGUCUUGGAGGAAAAAAUUCUAAGCAAAGAAGAGAUGCUGAAGAACGUUUAGAUGAAACUGAUAAAGACGUGAUACCUCAAUCACCAAAAAAACCAGCAAACAUCAAGCAGGGUCGCAAGAAAACGAAAGCUGAAAGUGAAAGUAUAGGUGAACUUGAGACCGACGACAAUCCAAAUAGUCCACCGGUCCGAAAUCAGCGCCCUUCUAGAAAAACAAAAGAGGCUGCUACUAUCUAUAUGGGUAUUAUAGGCCAUCGUCUUCAACUUGGCGAUGACGAAGACGAUGAUAUAUCGUUAAGUAGUUUUGAUCGUCCUAACGUGCGUGAGAUGGAGAAAAUGGAGAACGAGCUAAAAAGAAAUAUUACUGCCUUAAGUAAGCACAGCAGCACAUCACCAAUACCAGCAGCCAAACAGACGCAAUUACCCGAAGAAUCGCCACCGCCUGCAGUAUCAACAAUAAACGUUGAAAAACCUUGUGUCGGACGUCGAGGUCGCCCACCUAAAAGCCAAAAGCAGGUGGCAGCUCCUCCUGCCAAACGUGAAAUAGAAGGUAUGCUUGUAAAGAAGGGUGUACUAACCAAAAUUGCCCAACAGACAGAGAGCACUUCAGAUGUGAAAGAAGGAAAAACUGAACAGUCAAAGACUGGUACGGAAGAGGAUGAAGAUUUCCUUUUGAAUGAAGAACUUAAUGAAACCAAACGCAAACUUGAAAAAAGUUUCAGCGAUUCUGAUGAUGAACCUUUGGCAAUAAAGGCCAAUGCGAAAACAAGUGAUAAAGAUGUAAGCGAACAAGUAGAGAAUGCAGUUCCUGCAAUUCCUGCCCCCGUUUCGUCUACAUCAGACAUUAAAACUCUCACUAUGUUACCUCUAACAACAAAGCCUAUUACUACAGUACCAACUCCCCCACCUCCUACAACUACGUUGACGACAACAACUUCAUCUUUUGGCGUCACAAAUGCUGUAACUUCUCCAACAACAUCUAGCGUAUUUCCUCCAGCGCCUGUUACGCCCUCAUCACAAACGCCGUCGCCAUUUAAAGUUGUGGAAAAAAAAUCACCUGUUCCAACAUCAAAAAUUUUGAAUGUUCCGGCCACAUACGGCAUUCCUUCUGCUUCGCCUACAGGCAAUUUGGGUGCAGGCAUCAAUAACACUUUUGGUAAAACAUCAAUGUAUGUCCCUCAGUCACCGGCACACUAUCAUUCUCAUACAUCGCAUAUACGAUCACAGUAUCCAGGUCAGAGCACAAAGUCGCCAGUUAUGCCGCCCGCCUCAUCUGCGACGGCCUCUCAUCUCACUACAUCUCCCCAAUUAAAUGCACAAUCACCGUUAAAAUAUCAAACUCCACCAACAACAUAUCCACCUCCCAUUGAGGCAUAUCCUUCACCGAAGAUUAAUCCGAACUUUUUAACGCCAAAAUUCGACCGAAACACUUUGCCUCGACCAACCAACUUAACCGGUAAUCAUAAUUCUUUUCCUUCACCAUCUCCAGUUAAAUUCGAUAUGUCGGGAUCAAGCAGUGGUCUAUUAAAAAAUUCAUCACUGUCUCAGGCUAAUGUUACAGCGAGUUCCAAAACGUUAUAUACUGCUAAUGUGGGCAAUAACAUAGCCGGUGCUUCAACCUCUGCGACAGCUGCAGCAAAUCAGUCUGGUAACGAUCCACUUAAGGACGAAAUUGGUAGCAUCCUUGCCGCAAAUUUAAUGCCGAGCAAAGAAGAGUCUGGAAAAAUAUUCGGAAUUGCUAGUGUUAGCUUAGCUCAAAGUUCUGGUCCAGAUAACACAAAGUGCACCCUGGGAAAGUGUGGGUCAAUACAUAAGCCCGUUCUGGGCCCAGUCGUGCCUACAGAAAGCUACAUUGGUGAUCAAUUAUCAGGUAAAGAACGACGUAAAGCUAAAGUGAAUAUGACUCAUGAACAAAUCCACAAAUGGCUGAUUGAAUGCUCUUCGAAUCCGGAUGAAAUUCAAGACGAUCUGGAAGAUGACUUCGAUUCGGAUCUAAGGCCAAACAAUUACAGCACAACGCCACCUCCAACACGAGACGACAAAGAAAGUACUUCAUUUAGCUCAUCGUCGAAGGCCACUCGUGAUCUUGGUAAGAGUGAAAGUGCAUGGUCUGCAAAAGGACCCUCACUGAAAGCAACUCCUGUUGUUGCUUCCAGCAGCAGCGCCAAUAACCGCAAAGAUGAUUUAAAAUUAAUGGAGCCAACAAGUCCCCCGGAUGAUGAUCUAGAUAAAGCAUCGCCAAUAAUGAAUUUGGCACGCGAAAAAACGGCUGAAAAUAAGCAAACACCCUCGCCAGCAAGUAUUGAAGAAAAGUCGCUGAAAAUUGAAACAAGAAAAAAUGAUAAAAAAUUGAAGGAAGAGAAAUCUGCAUCGAAAGAACCCGCAAAACAAACUGAAAUGGAUUCACCACAACCCAAAUCUAGUGGCAUGAUCAGUAAACAAGCGGCCGGACACAAAGUUGCAAAUCAAAAGAAGUUGGAAUCUCCGAUUAUUACAACAACAGUUACACCAAACAAAUCGAGUCGUAAAAAAAUCUCAAUAGAUACCAUUAAUGAAAAGCCAAUUAACUCCGGAAUUCAUGAUGUAUCAAUAAAUACUGCAGACAAUAUGGCAUCAAGCACCGCAAAUCGAACACCAAAACGUACGCCAGUCUAUCAGCAAAAGCAAGCAUCCAAACAACAACGUUCAGAGUUUAAAGAGACAACUACCACCAGUCAUAAAAAAUCGGCUCCAUUCUCAUAUGGAGGCGCUUUUUCGGCCGACAACGAAAAAUCGAUAUACUCUUUCGAUAAGGAUGAUGUCGAUGACGUUGAGUCUAACAAACCCACCACUUAUCGCCGUCAAAGUAGAAGAGAUUCGCAACAAGCGGAAGCAGGAAAUGGUGGUAACACUACACCAACCACUAGUCAACGCACAUCACCAUCAAAGAAGAGAACUGCGGCAGCCGUAGAAAAAGCAAACAAAGAUUUAGCAAAUGCAUCGCAAGCAAGCUCGGUCUCUUUGACGCUGAGCCCGACUGAAAAAAGUAAACUUGUUAAGGUCAGUUUAGAUACCGAAGCAGUGUUACCGGUAAAACCAGCAACUAGCAAGUCUGGUAAAGGUACGAAGAAAACUGUAGAAACGAUUGCGCCUACAAAUGACGCGGAUUCAGAUUCUGCGGAUGGACACACAUUCUAUAUUCCGUUACAAGGCAUUGGAACAAGUGGCGAUGGCGAAGGCGGCAUUCAGGGUGUAGCAGUCAAAUUAGGACGCGAGGGUCCAGAUGGUCCCAAUCAAAAAGUUAUCAUGCAUGCGACUUUAGUCACAAAGGCGCAAAUGGGCGCUAACUCGAAACCGUUGCCCGAAUCGAUGAAUGUUUCAGACAUUGUAAAAAAUCUAAUGAGUGGUGGUGAUAAGAAAGCUGCUACAGUUACAAAUGUUGGCACAACAGUAUCAACGAACUCUGCGCCAAACAGCUUGAAGAACGUGCCAGUCGGCACUGUGCAGCCUCGAUUUAAAGGAGACACUUCUAAUCAGGGACCCUCUACGUCGACUGCUGGCGGCGGUUUGGUACGUGUAAAUUCCAAUUCGUCUCUUUUUUCUGGAUCAGUUAAAUCCCGUAAUGCUACUGGACCUUCAAGUGCACCUGUAGCAUCACAUGGCACCAAUAAGAAGUUAAAAGACGAUACACCUAUUAAAAUGGCGAACAAUACUGCCUUUCCGCGUCAUGAUGAUCCCACACAAAUGGUAGAAGCUCCAAUUUUCCGGCCUACCGAUAAAGAAUUCUCAGAUCCAAUUGAAUUUAUCGAACGCAUUACACCAAUUGCAGCACGCUUUGGCAUUUGUAAAAUAAUACCACCAGCCAGUUUUAAACCAGAGUGUCGCAUAUCGGAUGAAAUGCGUUUCACUGCCUACAAUCAAUACGUGCAUAAGAUGUUACAUCGUUGGGGCCCCAGUGCCAAGGAACUGAGUGCAAUCAAAAAGUAUUUAGCCACCCAAAGCAUUGUCAUGAAUCAUCCGCCGUGGAUUGGUGGCAUGGAAGUAGAUCUGCCACGUCUGUAUCAUACUGUGCAAGAGUUGGGUGGUUUGAAAGAAGUGAUUGAAAAGAAGAAAUGGGCUCGUGUAGCUGAAGAGAUGUGUAUUCCGAAAUUAGCUCAGGAUCGCGUCACAAAAUUGGAUGACAUUUACUGCAAAUAUUUGCUGCCGUAUGAUACCCUAUCUCCAACUGAACGUCAGAAGCUUUUCGACGAAGUUGAAGCCGAUUGGGCGAAGCGAGAAGCUCGAGCCAGACGUAAUGCGGAUCGGUUCGUGAAUACGGAAAGCGUUUCGAAUGAAGAAGACGAUAUAACUAGUGAGAAUGACGAAGAGGAGUCGGAAGAGGAAGUAGAUGGUGUCUCAAUGGAGUGCAUUGUUAAAGGUCGCAGUAUGCCUUUAAGUCAGUUUUAUCGCAUCGCCCGCAAUACCAUGGCGCUAUGGUUCAAGAAUACCGAGCCCACUGUCAAUGAGGUCGAGGCGGAGUUUUGGAGGCAUGUUGCUGUCAGAGACAGUCAUGUAUGUGUACAUUCCGGUUCAAUUGAUUCUUCAGGUUGGGGUUUCGGAUUUCCUAGUCCUGGUCCAAAGGGUAAGGGCUCCAAUUAUGCUCGUCAUCCAUGGAAUUUAAAAGUGAUGACCAAUAAUCCCGGAUCUGUACUACGUUCCUUGGGACCUGUGAUGGGUGUGACCGUACCAACACUGCAUGUAGGUAUGCUAUUCUCUGCCUGCUGCUGGUAUCGUGACCCUCAUGGGCUAUCAUGGAUUGAAUACCUGCACACAGGCGCGUCAAAAUUAUGGUACGGGAUACCGGACGAUCAAAGUGCUAACUUUAGAGCCGCCUUGACUUCACUCAUUCCUACGCAUUGCCAAAACAAAACUAUUUGGCUGCCUUGUGAUACAGUAAUGGUGCCGCCCCAUAUGCUUACUGAUCGCGGGGUAUCUCUCUGUCGUAUUGAACAAAAGCCAGGAGAGUUUAUUGUUGUUUUUCCACGAGCGUAUACCUCAAGCUUGGCGACCGGCUAUGUCGUAUCAGAAAGUGUAUAUUUCGCCACAUCUUCUUGGUUAGAUCUCGCAAAAGAUGAUUUCCGAGACAUACACGACAGUUGCGAACCGGCGAUGUUUUCUUUGGAGCAAUUAUUAUUUGCCGUAGGCUACGAUCAACGGGUACAACCAGAUACCUUACAACAAAUGUUGCCCAUGCUGCAAGAGGUAUAUGAGAAGGAGACGGCCGCACGAGAACAGCUUAAGGCGGCUGGGGUAACUUCAACGGAAAAAGUUACCAAUGAAAAAAGCGGAAAAAGUAAAAAACAGCAGCAGCCACCAUAUAAAUCAAUCGAAAGCGAAUGCGAUCUUUGUCGUGCCAAUCUCUACAUUUCGAUGGUGCGUACCGAUGAAGGUAACGUCUAUUGCUUGCAACAUGCUCUAAAAAAUCUUAACAACGGUAACAUACAGGCUAAAAAGUGUAAACUAAUCUAUGCGUACAAUGUCGAUGACAUUGAAAAUCUCAUCAAAAAUCUUAAAGAUAAAAUACAACAAAAACGCAAUACUAGCGCUGGUAAAAAACAAAAAUAGUUAUAUCCGAAAAAGAAACGAAAGAAAAUCUAUACUUAACAAAAAGGAAGAAAAACAAAUUUUGGAAAAACAGAACACAUUCAGUUCGACCGAACGCAAAUGAAACCUGACGGUAGUGAAAAUUUUAACUUUACAAUAAAGUUAAUUAAAAGGCAAUAUUUCUAACAAGCAUAAGCAUACAUACACCCUGAUAUAAGUAUAUAUGUAAAUAAUGUAUUCAUUAGGAAUAUAUAUUAAAAAAUUAUUACAUUGCAUACGAAAACCUAAAGGAAAACUAUUGUAUUGAAGGAGAAAGA